UCCAUGAUAGGCCCACUGUCAGGUGAUGACGCGCUACAGGACAGGCGCGAGGGGACAGCUGGGCCGGCAGCGAUGGUCGCUCUCAUUUGGAUGCAAAUCUCCAAGAGUUGAGGAGUUGGCUGACGUCAGGCAGGCCUUAGUAUACCUUUAGUCUCUUGUCAACAGGGACACAUCAUGUGAGAGUGGAGACAGACUGGAUCUACGUCGUAUUUCACUUUGGGAACGCAUUUGGACUAUAAACAGCAGAAGGAUUGUGUUGAACAGUUUCAGGGCAACAAUGUCGCCUUAAGAAAGGCUGCAUUACCCCUUUGCUGUUUUAACCACAUUUCAUUUCUUUUCUACAAAUCAUGUAUGUUGGAUACCUACUGGAUAAAGAAAGCGGCAUGUAUCACCAAGGGCCAGUGAGAAGAUCCAGCAUCAAUCUGCCUCCACAGAAUUUUGUUUCUACACCACAGUACCCCGACUUUACAGGAUACCAUCAUGUGCCAAACAUGGAUACGCACGCACAGUCUGCGGGGAGUUGGGGGCCUUCUUAUGGCGCACCACGAGAGGAAUGGGGUGCAUAUAGUCUGGGACCCCCUAACGCUAUUCCCACACCCAUGAACAACUCCUCUCCUGGACAGGUUCCUUACUGUUCGUCUGAGUACACUCACAUGCAUCCUCCGGGAUCUGCGGUGUUACAGCCGCCACCGGACAACGUUACUGUCUCACAACUUUCUCCUGAGAGAGAAAGACGGAAUUCAUACCAGUGGAUGAGUAAAACUGCUCAGUCAUCUUCCACAGGUAAAACAAGAACGAAGGAGAAAUACAGGGUAGUGUACACAGACCACCAGAGGCUGGAGCUGGAGAAGGAGUUUCAUUUCAACAGAUACAUCACCAUCAGGAGGAAAUCUGAACUGGCUGUCAACCUGGGUUUGUCGGAAAGACAGGUGAAAAUCUGGUUCCAGAACCGCCGAGCAAAGGAGAGGAAGCUGAUCAAGAAGAAGAUGGGUCAGUCUGACGGCAGCGGCGGCUCCGUGCACAGCGACCCGGGCUCGGUGAGUCCUCUGCCGGUGCCGGGCUCCCUCAGCCCCACAGACAUCCACGGAUCUCUGUACCCUCCUCAGGGGAUGAACACGCUGCCGUCUAUCAGAAACAUACAGCAGGUGACUGUGACCCAGUGAGGCUCACAUCUGGACCAUCUCUCAUCAUAACUGAGCACUCCGACACCUGACGGCAGCCAGAGGACCUGAACUCACGUCCUGAAGCACAAAAGCUGCGGAGAAACUUUUGAUUUAUCGCUACGAAAUGCUGGAGGCUCUUCAAAUAUUGCUUUUUAUAGAAUAGUUCUAAUUAACGUGGGGUUUACGAAAGAGGAAAAAAAAUCGACGUGUUUCAAACUUAAAAGCUUUAAAUUGUUUGUGAGUUAAUAAGAUAUAAAUAUCCUGCUUUUUUUUGUUUGUUUUUUGUAUGUGAUGAAGUGUAUGUGUUUGUGGAUAAAAUGAGAUCUCAGGGACAUCCGGUGGAGCUUUACACUGGAUCUUAUGCAGCUAGCUCUGUGACACUGGACGAGACAAAUCAGUUACAUGUUUUUAAGCACAACUCCGUGCAAAGAGCAGCUGUUAAAGAAACGGGUAGAGAGGUCGUUUGAUGGCAACUUUCAAAAUGUAAAUAAAAUGCUUUUUUUUUUUUUGCAUUUGCAUUGCAUUUUAUUUUGCAGGGUGGGAACAUAUUUGCAUAAAUAAUGUUGCAACAUAUUUUGCUGUACAGCUUAUAAUGCAUUAAACCAAAGUUUUCCACCAAUAUUUUCCACCACUGGUUGUUUCCAGUACCAGUCAGGCUAUGGGUUGUUGUAAGUCACAAAUUCAGUAACAUUUUUCAGAAAUGACCGUCCAAAGAUAACUGUUGUGAUAAAUUUGAAAUAAAUACUCCUUUAAA